AUGCUAAUAGCCAAGAAGAUGCUGCAGCAAGCACUGAAAGCGUCCGGUCGGAGUGCGUCUCCUCUGGUAAAGUAUAUGGAGAGGUGGGCUGAAAUUGCAGCCGGCAAAAAGAAUACUAAUGUGGACCCGGUUAAGACUUUAAAGGAGAUGCCCGGACCAUCGGUCGGCAACUUUGCAUGGGACCUCUUCGCCAAACGGGGAUUGUCUCGCCUUCACCAACUGCAGUUGGAAAGUGUGCGGCGCUAUGGGCCAAUGUGGAAGGCCAGUUUUGGGCCCAUCCUAACAGUCCAUGUUGCUGAGCCAGGGCUCAUAGAGCAGGUGUUAAGGCAGGAGGGGCAGCACCCCAUGCGCUCUGAACUCUCUUCCUGGAAAGACUACAGGCAACUCAGAGGACAUGGCUACGGCCUCUUGACUUCUGAGGGGGAGGAGUGGCAAGCAGUGCGGAGUCUCCUGGGAAAGCACAUGCUGCGGCCACGGGCAGUGGAAGCUUACGAUGGAACCCUGAACAACGUUGUCAGUGACCUCAUUGCUAAGCUCCGCCUGCGCCGACGCCAAGAUCCCAGAGGUCUUGUUACUGACAUUGCAAGCGAGUUCUACCGCUUUGGCCUAGAGGGGAUUUCCUCAGUGCUGUUUGAGUCCAGGAUCGGUUGCCUGGAUCCUGUUGUUCCCACAGAGACAGAGCGUUUCAUCCAGUCCAUCAACACUAUGUUUGUCAUGACGCUUCUCACCAUGGCGAUGCCCAGUUGGUUACACCAGCUGUUCCCCAAGCCCUGGGACACCUUCUGUCAGUGCUGGGACUACAUGUUCCAAUUUGCUAAAGGUCAUAUUGACCAGCGUCUUAAGGAGGAAGCAGAAAAGCUGGCUCGAGGAGAGGAGGUGAAGGGACGCUACCUUACUUACUUCCUGUCUCGAACUGGGCUACCUAUGAAGGCUAUCUACAGUAACAUUACAGAGCUUCUCUUGGCCGGGGUAGAUACGAUCUCCAGCAGCAUGUCAUGGUCACUGUAUGAGCUCUCCCGUCAUCCUGAUAUCCAGAACACUCUCAGGGAGGAGGUGCUGACUGUGCUGGCAGGUCGGAGCAUACCUGGGGCUGCAGAUGUGGCCCGCAUGCCUCUCAUGAAAGCAGUGGUCAAGGAGGUGCUAAGACUUUAUCCUGUUAUUCCUGCCAAUGCGAGAGUCAUCACAGAGAAAGAUAUCCAGGUCGGCGGUUACAACAUCCCUAAAAAUACACUGAUCACGCUGUGCCACUUUGCAACAUCCCGGGACCCUGCAGUGUUCCCAAACCCAGAUGCUUUCCAACCCCAGCGCUGGCUAAACCGGGAUGCGGGGCAUCAUCCUUAUGCCUCUGUGCCUUUCGGAGUGGGAAAACGCAGCUGCAUUGGCCGCCGUAUUGCUGAGCUUGAACUCUACCUGGCACUGGCACGGAUUCUGAUCCAGUUUGAUGUGAAGCCAGACCCAGAUGGUGGUGCAGUGAAACCUAUGACACGGACACUGCUGGUUCCAGAGAGCGACAUCAACCUGCAGUUUAUUGAGCGAUGACCCACUCAACUGUUGAGUUUUGUGACUGUAGUCAAGAACCUCAUUUUUCUCAGAGUCGGACAGCAGUAGAGGAAGGGGGAAUCACAGUACACCAUGAACAAU